CUGAUUGAAACCAUAUCAGUUCGAUUUGUCCACUCCACACACAAUGAAGUUCACCAUCGUUUUCCUGCUGCUGGCCUGCGUGUUCGCCAUGGCUGUGGCCACUCCCGGCAAGCCACGCCCCUACAGCCCACGCCCCACCUCCCAUCCCCGCCCCAUUCGAGUGAGGCGCGAGGCACUGGCCACCGAGGAUCACCUGGCUGCAGCCGCCAUCCGGCCACCACCCAUUCUGCCCGCCUAAAGAUGUGGAUCCCGCUAGGAAAUCUUAAAUGAUCAUCCGAUCAAAUUUGCAUUGAGUUGUUUUUCGUUAAAAUUUUUGUGAAUUUCUCACUUAAACAGCAAAUAAAGAACACAAAAGACAGCAA